ACUGUCAGUAAUUCUUCCUUGUUUCUCCCAAAUCCAUAAACAGAAAGUGAAAGAUUUUUUUUUUAAAGGCUGUUGUGAAAUUUCCCAGGGUUUUUUUUUUUUUGAGUCAUAGCUCACCUGUAGGGAGAUAAGCCAAAUGUCCUUAAGGCAACAGGUCAGGACAAGUCAAGUCAGAUCCAUAGGUCUUCAGUGAGACUGAUAGAACUUCGCUUUCAAUGUUGGUUAAGGAUAUUUCAAUCUUGCCUCUCCCCGAGUUGUGAUUUCAAAGGAUAGCAGUUUUUAAUUACACUUCCAAGUCUAGUAAAAGAAGAAAAUAAGAGCUGGAAAGGUUCAUUGGGUCAUCAUGUCCAACUGUGUAGCUGAAGAAGAAAUAUAAUUGAAAUUCAGUUGAAUGCAAUGGAGAUCUCCACAGGAAACAAACAUGGUAUUUCAAUUAGUAAAUUUCAGGCUCCUAGGCUGCUCGGAGAAGACAACCAACGAUGGGGGAACAAAGAUAGAGAAUGAGGUAAUGGCAGGAGCAUCUGAGAAGGAUCUUUUGUGAGAGAGCGAAAUGGCGACUCCGUAGCCCAAGAUGAAUGGCUUCUGAGGGGCGUCUUUGUAUGGCACGGCUGGACGGGGCAUUUCUCUCUAGAGGACCCUCCGAAAGAGAAAAUGGAUCUCCCUUUCCUCUUGCCAGUCUCCACCAAGAUGACCUCAUUCCUUUGGAGGACAAUGGAGAGUCUGGGCCUUUAAGUUCAUAGCCAUUACCUCAUCGUCUUCGUGGGGGCCGCAGAUUAAAAAGCAAAGCCUUGCUCCAGUUCAAGCGCCUGUGGUUGUCAUGGCGGAUGAAAUGAAUGGUGCUCAGCUCAUCCCCGGAGAGAGGCUGGUGACUUGGCUGGAAAGCAGCAUGGAGAAAUUGCUCCUGAUUGACAGCCGCCCCUUUGUGGAAUACAACAUGUCCCAUAUCUUGGAGGCCAUCAACAUCCAUUGCUCGAAGCUCAUGAAGCGCAGGUUGCAGCAGGAUAAGGUGCUGAUCACCGAACUUAUUCAGCAUUCGGCAAAACAGAAGGUUGAAAUCGAUGGCAAACAGGAAGUCGUGGUGUAUGACCAAAACUCAACAGAUCUGGCUGCUGUCCCUCCCGAUUCCUUCUUGAGUCUCCUGCUGAGAAAAUUGGAGAAAAGCUUCAGCUCUGUUCACCUGCUUGCAGGUGGAUUUGCUGAAUUUUCCAAUUGCUUCCCUGGCCUUUGCGAAGGAAAAUCUAUCCUGGUGCCUUCCUGCAUUUCUCAACCUUGCUUACCGGUUUCCAACACGGGACCCACCCGGAUUCUCCCCCACCUGUACCUGGGAUGCCAAAGAGACGUCCUCAACAAGGAGCUCAUGCAACAGAAUGAGAUCGGCUAUGUGUUAAACGCCAGCAAUACAUGUCCCAAACCUGACUUCAUCCCAGAGUCCCACUUCUUAAGGGUGCCGGUGAACGACAGCUUCUGCGAGAAAAUCUUCCCCUGGCUGGACAAGUCCGUGGACUUCAUAGAAAAAGCCAAAGCUUCAAACGGUUGCGUCUUAGUCCACUGUUUAGCCGGAAUAUCCCGCUCAGCCACAAUUGCCAUUGCCUAUAUAAUGAAAAGGAUGGACAUGUCCUUAGAUGAGGCCUACAGGUUUGUGAAAGAGAAGAGGCCGACUAUUUCUCCUAACUUCAACUUUCUCGGCCAGCUUCUGGACUUUGAAAAGAAGAUCAAGAACCAGGGAGGCACCGGCGGGCUUGUUAGCAAACUCAAGCUUCUGCAUUUGGAAAACGGCAGCAACCACGGAGCAGGGGGUGGAACCCUACGGGCCUCUUCUCAGCUCUGGGCUUCCUCUACCUCAGAGAAGGUGGAGCCGAAAGCCCCGGAGCCAGGAAAGCCAUCAGCUCCGACUCUCCCACCGUCUGCAGAGGGCGGCUCCUUGGUGCAAGGCCGAACUGGGUUAAACGUCCCCUCCGAUAAAGUUGAAGACAGCAACAGAUUGAAGCGGUCAUUUUCCUUGGAUAUCAAGUCCGUCUCGUGCGCCGCCGGCAACGCUUGCCUUACGGCUUCAGGACCAGGCUAUCCUUCCUUGGAAGACACGUUGGAGUUCUACAAGCAUUCGGCUACUUUGGAAGCGGGCGGCAAAUUGUGCCAGUUCUCUCCAGUCCAGGAGGUUUCAGAACAGACCCCCGAGGGCAGCCCCGAUAAGGAACACACCAAGCUGCCGGAGAAGUCCCACCAGGGUUGGCAGCCCGACAGCCAGAGCAAGCGCCAGCAUUCGGGAAGGACCAAUUGUUCUGCUCAGAGGUCAUCCUUGUACCCGUUGCAUCGAAGCGGGAGCAUGGAAGAUAAUUACAGAACCAACUUCCUCUUCGGCCUUUCGGCCAGCCAGCAACAUCUGGCCAAGUCUGCAGCUGGGCUGGGCCUCAAAGGCUGGCAUUCGGACAUCUUAUCUCCUCAGACCUCUGCGGCUUCCCUGACCGGCAGCUGGUAUUUCACCGCCGAUCCUUCCCAUAUUUAUUCCGCUUCAGCCAUAUACGGGAGGAGCGCCACCUAUUCGGCCUUCAGUUGCAGCCAGCUACCCACGGGGUGCGAGCAAACGUAUGGGGUGCGCAGGAGAGAAAAACACGGGGAGCGAGGCGACUCCCGGCGGAGCUGGCACGAGGAGAGCUCUUUUGAGAAGCAGUUCAAGCGGAGGAGUUGCCAGAUGGAAUUUGGGGAAAGUAUCAUGUCCGAGAACAGGUCCCGAGAAGAACUUGGGAAAAUGGGAAGCCAAUCCAGCUUUUCAGGCAGCAUGGAGAUUAUUGAAGUUUCUUGACUCUCUUCGUUGAUUUCCUGCCCCCCCCCCCCCCCCCCCAUUCCUUCUGUCCCAAUUUUCUAUAAAACAAUUCCCUGUAAAUCUGAAAUUUCAGAAUACUGUUCAGCUCCGGUAUGGACGAAAUUUAACACAAACUGAUUGUGUGUGCGUGCCUGCGUGUGUGGCUUUUUUGUGUGUGUGCAUGCACGCACAGAGGCCUCGUGAGUGUAUUCAAGAGGGAUUAAAUGGUAAAAUUUAAUUUUUGCAAUAUAGACAAUCAGCUCUUUUCUUGCCUUGCACGUUCUCAUCACCUUAAGGCAAAAAAUAAAUAAAUAAUGCAGCUAUUUUCCUAAGUUUCCCUUAACAAAUGAAGGCGUGACAGGCCAAGUUGCGCAUCCUUGUUGUCUUUAACGAAUCGGCCUUUGUUAAGCAGACGUGAGGUUUGUUUCUACUAAAGUUUUGAUUGAAAGGUGACUGAAAGUUUGUGCUCUCUGCUGCUGUAUAUUUCCCGAGAAAUACGUCUUAACAAGAUUCUCAGUCAUCCAGGUGGAGCUGUCUGGAAAUUGAAUCGUGGGCACUGGGCUUGUUUUUCUUUUUGGUAUGAAACGUUUCGCAGUUCGGAAGCGACUUGGGUAAGCCGCGAAAUGUUUCAAACCCCAAAAGAGAAAGAAGUUGGGUUCCCCCCCAAGAAACAUGUCUCAAUGGGAGCUGAGAGAGACUUUAAGACACACGCUAUUUGCACAACCGUUGUAUGAAUGCCACCUUAGACAAUCUUCAUUAAAUGGCCUAGUCAGCCUCUCAAAAUGAGACACGCAAGCAGACUUUUUCAGGUUCUGGAUGUGUUGCUAACUCUUGAUGAGGAUUAUUACCCUGCAGACGGCAAGUUGUCCCACGUGCAUAUUUUCAUGUUUUAUGUCUUAAUUUGUGUCUUUAAUAUUCAAGGUACACAAAUACGCCUUGCAAUUGAGACCCUGCAUGUGCUGUUAUACAAAUGCCAGAACUGUGUCUAAAGGAAACUGACAUCCUCUGCACCCACCUACCAAGGACAUUUACCCAGGAAGCGCCCGACAAUUUCCAUGAUCCAAGCUCACAAAAGCAUGAUCCCGUAUCUAGGCCCCAGGCACUCACAGGUCAAGCAGGAAUGCAAAAAGGAAAGGACAUUUUUGAUACUCUUGGGUGUGUGUGUGUGUGUGUGUGUGUGUGUGUGUUAGGGGUGCAUCAGAGAGAUUCCAUUCCAUACUUCCAAUCAGUACAGGUGGAAUGUAAAGCACAAGCAACAGGACUAAGUUGUAUCGAAAAGGUGUUACCAUUUAUCACCUUGAGCUUCAAAACAUGCCACUCAAAAUGUAGUAGGAAUACUGUCAGUGGUUCUCUGCUGUUCUUCACACACACACACACAACACACAACCAGAUGAAACACCCUAAUGCAGAGUUUCUCGUGUGGCUUUUGUUCUUGGAGAUAACUGCUUAUUCCUCCAAAAAUCCACGCAGGAGGGCCUGUGACACAUUUAUAGAGGAACAGAGAAUAGGAUAGGGCAGAAUUUAAAUACAAUAAUAAAAUAAUAAAACAGACACGCAGCGGUGAAGAGGAUACCGUCAAAGGACUGCAAUAGCAGGGCCCCUCGUUUUUUUAUGCUCCACCCUAUUUUAAGCAUCCAUUUUUUUCUACCGAUGUAGAAACUGUAUAAAGUUUUUUUCCCCCUCUCAGAAUCCCAAAUGGUACACAAGCUGUUGUGAGCUGAAAUUAGGGGACUCCAGUACUGCUGCAAUGUUUCACUUUGUAUAACCAAAAUCUAGAGGGGGAAAUGCCAUUACAGAUAGUCAUCGAUGUUCAUUUAGUGGCCGUUUGGAGUUAUAAAGGCACUGGGAGAAAGAAGCGACUCAUGGCUGUUUUUGGUCACAGGAUCAAAAUUCACUUAAGCGCGACCACCUUUAACAGCUGCAGUGAUUCCCUUGGCAACUGUGGCAAGGAAGGUCGUAAAAAUGGGGCAAAACUCACUUCAACAGCUGCCUUGCUUAGCCAUGGAAAUGUUGGGCUCAACUGCAGUCAUAAAUUGAGGACUACCUGUUCUGGGGUGGAGGCGUACUUCCUUCUCAGUUCCAUAUUGCAAUUCUCCCUGAAUCACCAUUCAGCUUCCUGGAGAACGUAGCCUGUAUCUAAUGACACCGGCGCUGGAUUCGUCUCUAAAAUGAACCGUAGAGAACAAGGUGUUCUGCAUAAGGAAAAGCCGUAUCAACAACGCAGCCCAACCCUUUGCUGGUUCUGUUGGCUGAUGCAGGGAGACAACUUGAGAACUGGCGUGAUCAAUGACCAGGGAAAUAUUUAAAUCCAAGCUUACUCCCCUAAUCAGGAAAUCGUUAUGUUAUGCAAGAAAAGCUACUCUCUCAACAGCGACACAGGUCAAUUGCAAACUUUUAUCUCUUUAGCUUACCAUUCCAUGAUUUCUCUAUUACACGUAUUUGUUGGUUAGAUUCUCUUCUCUCAGUUCAGGCUAUUUUUCCCUGUUAAUAUUCCCAUUUGUAGUAUCAACUGUCAGCAUGAUUUCACAGGUGAAUCAUCUGUGCUUGCUUCAUUUAUCAUACAUAAAGGAUCACUCAACAGUAGGAAUAGCAUCUCUAGAGAGGACAUAGGAGGCUCUGGAGGAACACUAGUUUGUGAGUGAAAAGUUGUGUGUGUGUGCAGGGGGUGGGGGUGGGAAAGUGAGGCUGGAAGACUCCCAAGCCCUGGACCAUCUCGGCAAAGCCAUUCUCCUGCAGCACGAAAGCAGUGGCCACCCAGAAGAAAAAAGGCAGGUGCUAUAUCAGGUUAUCCAUAUUUUGCAGGUUUAUUAAUAAAUAUGUCAAGUCAUGAUCAUACAUCGUUCAGAGAAGGAAAUUCAGUGCAAGG